AUGAUAAUGAAUGUGAAAAUGCUACUCAGCCUUGUGGAGAGCAUGCCAAUUGCACGAACACGGUGGGAAGUUAUUUCUGCAUGUGUAUGCCUGGUUUCAAAUCCAGCAACGGCCAACAAACGUUUCUACCUAAUGAUGGAACCUCCUGCGUGGAUGUAGAUGAGUGCAGCAAUGAAGGAACUGUUGCCUGUGGAGAUCAUGCAAAAUGUGAAAACGUGGAUGGAGGGUUUAACUGCUCCUGUAAGGAAGGUUAUCAACCAUCCACAGGAAAGUUGCAGUUUAAGCCAAAUGAUGGCACUUCCUGCCAAGAAAAUCCGAAGGCUAAGUGUGAGUUAUCCAAAGACUGUAUCACUGAACACAUUAAUAGAACUUUAGCUGGAAUUAGUCGUUUAAAAACACUCCUGGAGGUGCUGCAAGAUAUUAAUAAAAACACUUUGAGACCGCUUUCACCUGUAGAUGUGAUCGCCUACGUUGAAGCACUAUCUCAUUCAUCGCUGAACACCACGCAACACCCUGUCUCUGACAGCGAAGCCCUUCGUAAUACAACCAUCAACGUUUUGGUUAACACUGUGAACAAUUUUUUACAAAAAGACAAGAUUGCAGUCUGGGAAUCUCUUCCUGUGGGUGAGCAGAGACGGAGCCUGACGAAGCUGCUGCACACUGCCGAACAAGCGACGCUCCUCGUGUCGCAGAACUUCAAAAAGUCGACCCAGCUAGAUGCUAAUGCCAGUGACAUAGCACUCAAGGUUUUUGCCUUUGAUUCACACCGCAUGAAACACAUUCACCCUCACGUGUACACGGAGGGAGAUUACAUAAAGAUCUCUCCAAAGAAGAGAGAGGAAUCUCCUCCUAACGGCACCGUUGCAGUUGUCUUUCUGCGGUACAGCAAUAUUGGUUCUUUGCUUUCCUCGCCUCGAAACCGCUCCUCGACGGAUGCUGCAGAGCAGAGACAGACCGUAAGCUCAUCGGUCAUAGCUGUUGCAAUUAGCUCAAACCCACCUGCGCUCUAUGAGCUCGAGAAAAUAACAUUUACCUUAAAGUAUGCCAAGACGGCGGAUAAAGAUAUUAAAUGUGCAUUUUGGAACUACUCAGCAGACACAAUGAAUGGCCACUGGGCUACACAAGGCUGUGAGCUGACCCAUUCCAACUCCACUCAUAUCUCAUGCAAAUGUAAUCAUCUGACUCAUUUCGCUGUUUUGAUGUCCUCGGGUGGCUCUGUUGGUGUUACAAAUUAUAACAUUCUUACAAGAAUCACUCAGCUAGGAAUAAUUAUUUCGCUGAUUUGCCUCUCCAUGUGCAUUUUUACAUUCUGGUUCUUCAGUGAGAUUCAAAGCACUAGAACAACAAUUCACAAAAACCUCUGCUGCAGCCUUUUCCUGGCGGAACUGAUUUUCCUGAUUGGAAUUAACAUGAACAAUAAUAAGCUCCUCUGUUCAAUUACUGCCGGGUUACUCCAUUAUUUCCUCCUGGCCGCUUUCGCGUGGAUGUGCAUCGAAGGUAUUCACCUCUACCUUAUAGUGGUGGGAGUCAUCUACAACAAGGGUUUCUUGCACAAGAACUUCUAUGUCUUCGGCUACGUCAGCCCAGCCGUGGUGGUUGGAAUCUCCGCCGCGCUGGGGUACAAGUACUACGGCACCACCGAAGUAUGUUGGCUCAGCACAAAGAAUAACUUUAUAUGGAGUUUUAUAGGACCGGCAUGUCUAAUAAUUCUUGUAAGUAUAAUUUUCAUUUUUUAUUGUAGUACAUAA